AUGGAGCCUUUGGGAAAAAAACAAAAUGUUGUUGAUGUAGCUGACCUGACCAGGUGGAAUUUUACCCAGUUGUUAGCAGACGAAGAAGAAAAACCUGAAGACACAGGAUCCAAAUCCCCAUUCCCUUGGAGAAGUGACCUAAACUCUAAAUUAGUUCUUUGGAAAGGAGAUAUUUUAACGCUGCAAGUGCAUGCCUUGGUUCAUCCGACUAAUGAAAUGAUCAGCACUAAAUAUGAGAUGACGGCCAGGUUAUUGCAAGAAGCUGGGCCAGAAAUGCUUUCUGAAAUCAACAACAGUGUUAGAGGUUCUAAAACUGGAGAAGCUCGUCUUACAAAAGGACACCAGUUGUUAGCUCGGCAUGUCAUCCACACAGUGGGACCACGAUUUAAUGUCAAAUAUAGUACAGCUGCUGAGGGUGCUCUUUUCAGUUGUUAUCGAAGUGUAUUACAAUUAGCCAAUGAAAACAACAUUCGAACGUUAGCAAUGUGUCCAAUUCAUUCAUCACAAAGAGGCUAUCCACUUGAACAAGGAGCACACAUUGCCAUUCGAACUGUACGGCGUUUUCUAGAAAAGUUUGGAUCUAAUUUUGAAACUAUUAUCUUUGCAUGUAAAGAAAAUGAUGUGAUGGAAACCUAUCAACAUUUGAUGCCAUUGUAUUUCCCUCGUAACUGGAAGGAAGAAAUGGAAGCCAAGGAGUAUCUUCCUGAAGACAUUGGUAAUGAAAAUGGAGAGCCAGUAAUUGCAGAACGUAAAAUUCGAAUCAUUGACAAACCAACUUUUGCAGCCUUCAAAAGUUUAGGAGAAGAAUUUGAUGAGACUAUUGACUUAAAUAAAGAAUUUCGCUCUCCUGAUGGUCCCGCAGUUGGAUGUCAUGAAUUUGCUGUAAUGAAGGAAGACAUUGACAAAGAGCGACUAUGUACAUUACAGGCAAAACCAUCUGCAGAACAAUUAGAAAAAGAAAGAGCCAGAUUAUACGAGAAAUUUUUGUUGCGUGCAAAACAAGAAGAUCUGACCGAUAUUGCCCAACUUCAAUGCAUAUACCAGUCGGGGGUGGAUCGGUUUGGUCGUCCUGUUGUUGUGUUCAUUGGUAGAAAUCUUCCUGCCAACUGCAUAGAUAUGGAACGGAUGCUGUUAUACAUUGUCCAAAUGAUGGAUCCAAUUGCUGAUAAUCAUUAUACAGUAGUCUACCUUCAUUCACUAACCACAGCAGACAAUCUACCUGCAACAUCUUUUGUUAAAUAUGCCUAUAAUCUACUUCAUGAUAAGUACAAGAAAAACUUAUCAUCUUUUUAUAUUGUUCACCCUAACAUUUGGUUUAAGAUUUCAACAUGGUUCUUCACAACAUUCACAGCCUCGGAAAUUAAAAGUAGAGUCCAACAUUUACAAGGUACAGAAUACCUAUAUGCUUACAUCAACACUGAUCAGUUUGAUGUACCACAAUGGGUGUUUGAGUAUGACUUAAAGGUAAAUGGUCCACGAUAUUAUGCACCUCCCGAAGACACUGUUGAUGAGUUGUGA